AUGUAUCAGAUAGGAAACAUCUACUUUAUCACAGCCAUCUCCGUUAUCGGGGGUGGUUUGUUCGGCUUUGAUAUCUCGUCUAUGUCAGCAAUUAUUGGUACACAGCAGUACAAAUGCUAUUUCAAUCAAGGUCCUUCUGGUCCUCCAGAAUGCUCCGGCCCAAGCGCCAACACCCAAGGCGGAAUCACUGCUUCUAUGCCUGGUGGCUCUUUUGCUGGUGCUCUCACUUCUGGCUUCCUCUCCGAUAUACUCGGCCGCAAGAGAUCCAUACAGAUUGGUGCGGUCAUCUGGUGUAUUGGUUCCAUUAUCGUUUGUGCUUCUCAAAACAUUGGAAUGCUCGUGGUGGGCCGUUUCAUCAAUGGCUUCAGCGUUGGUAUCUGCUCUGCUCAAGUUCCUGUGUAUGUCUCUGAAUUGGCACCACCCAGUAAACGAGGUCGUGUCGUCGGUGCGCAACAAUGGGCCAUCACUUGGGGUAUCCUAAUCAUGUUCUACAUCUCGUAUGGGUGCAGCUUUGUCAGUGGCCCAAAUGCGUUCCGCAUCCCAUGGGGCUUGCAGAUGAUUCCUGCCGUCAUCUUAUUUUUCGGAUUGUUCCUUCUCCCCGAAUCUCCCAGGUGGCUCGCUCGUAAGGACCGAUGGGAAGAAUGCCAUGGCGUCUUAGCCCUUGUUCACGCCAAAGGCGACAGGAAUGCGCCUUUUGUUAUGCGCGAGCUGCAGGAGAUCAAGGACAUGUGUGAAUUCGAACGCCAAAACGCCGAUGUCUCUUAUCUUGAACUAUUCAAGCCCAAGAUGAUCAAUCGCACUCAUAUCGGCGUCUUCACCCAGAUUUGGAGUCAGCUUACUGGUAUGAACGUAAUGAUGUACUACAUCACGUACCUUUUCGGAAUGGCGGGACUUUCUGGAAACAGUAAUCUUGUGGCAUCGUCGAUUCAAUAUGUCAUCAACGUAUUUAUGACCAUCUUCGCUCUCAUCUUUAUCGAUCAAUGGGGUCGCAGAUGGCCUCUCCUCAUUGGCGCCACAUUCAUGUCCAUCUGGAUGUACGCCAAUGCUGGAAUAAUGGCGACUUACGGCAAGCCAGCUCCGCCGGGCGGAGUGGACCAUGUUGAACAGCAAUCCUGGCAAAUCAAUGGUGCUCCCGCACGCGCUGUCAUCGCUUGCACGUAUCUCUUUGUCGCAUCGUUCGCUCCAUCUUGGGGCCCCGUCAGCUGGAUCUAUCCUCCCGAGCUGUAUCCACUCCGCGUCCGAGGAAAAGCCGUCGCCCUAACGACCGCAUCGAAUUGGGUGUUCAACUUCGCACUGUCAUACUUCGUGCCUCCCGCAUUCGUGAACAUCAAGUGGAAGGUGUACGUGUUGUUCGGCGUCUUCUGCACGGCAAUGACCAUCCACGUCUUCUUCUGCUUCCCGGAAACGGCAGGCAAGACACUCGAAGAGGUUGAGGAGAUGUUCCUGAGUGAUACCAAGCCUUGGAAUACCCACGUUGAUUACCAUCGUGUCAUCAGGGAGGAGCACGGUGACGUCGAUACCGAGAAGCGCCUCAGCUACGCACUCCCGGCUAGCGAUCACCAUGAGGAUAGGCCGAAUAGUGAUCAUCAACAGACAGUGCAAAAGAAUGAGGCUAUUUGA